ACACCCCGAUCAAAAUUCACGGAUCAUAUCUGGAUUUAGUUUCUUUAACACCUGAUUUCCAGAGUUAAUUAAUCCUUCUUUCUUUCUUCACGCGAUACAUGCAAGUGUCAAGGAAAUUUCUAGGUCUCUAAUUGUUAAAGUGACUGGGUCAUAGGAACACAGAUGUGUUUUUAUUGCUUUGAAUAACAACGAGUAUAGCUCUUAAAUAGAUCGUUCGUUUAACUUUAUGUAACGAUAUAAACAAUUUACAAAUGAAAAGCAUACAGUUUCUCUCGCCUAGUUUUGCUUUUUAAAAAGGGUGUUAAUAUUAGGCGCCCAUAGAAAAGUACCCAAUUUGUUUCAUCCUAGAGCCGCUCCUGACACUGACAUCCGUUUCCAAGAUGGCGACGCAAAUUUUCGCGGAAUUACAUCACGAGGAAUGUUUUGUUGCUUUUGACAUAUUUGCGUCACUACUUACGCAUAACAUUGUACCAAAUUUUGUUUAGGCUUUAAUUUGAUCAACAUUUGAAUCUACCGUCGACAAAUAUAUUUAUUUGUUCGAUUACAAGAUGCAUUAACAUAUACUAUUCGUAUAAUACUCCAACUUUCGAGAUCUAUCAAUACUUAAUUCUCUCACUAAAUACACUAAAAAAACAUAGUCUGCACGAAAUUUAAAUUUCACUUCGUGUAAUAGAUUUGGUCUGGCAAUUCAUAAGAAAAAGAGUUAAUAAACAUCGUUAAUUAUAAAAAGAGACUGUGCCACGAUCUUUGUGUUUAAACUUUACAGAAUUUUCGUUCCAAACCGCAGAGAUGUCGCGUACGUCGCCUCGUUUAAACAUAUAGGCAUUUAUUAUUAAAAAAAUUGCCCGAUAUAAGUAUCGAAAAAUCCAAAUUCCUAUUAAUCACGAUCGUUUUUAAUUGUUACAAUGGUACAUGUUAAAAAAAUGUGUACCGACGUAACGACGCACGACAAUUUGGAAUUAAGGUGGUGUCCUCUGUCGAAGCUUCUCUCGAACUAAGGUUAAGAUUUCUCUCUUGCGGAUAAUAGCGAGUUCGUUCGAUCGCGUAUCGAGGCUAAUUACGGGAUUAAUUCGUGAUAAAAACCAUAGUGGAUUAAAAUACGAGGAGACGUGGAGAAAACGAAGACAUCGAGCGAGGAAAAGACGAAAGGUUUCUAUCGGAAGUGCGGUUAGAAUCGCGUUUUUCCAACCGCGCAUGUCGCCACCUAUUGUUGAUCUGACAGGAUCUUGUGUAGUUACGGUGAAAGCGAUUGGAUCCUUCUGUACGUUACGCGAGAAAUUGUUAAAGCGAUCAUACGGUUUUUUAGAUCGCAUGAAUCCCACUUAAAUACGUCGGACAGGGACGUGGUCGAGCCGUGGAUCGGCGUAAACGGGAGAAAAGAAAAUCUCAUCGAAGUAUUCGUCUACUUUUUCGAGUAGAUGCGUUCGAGGCCAGACAUGGCGGCGAUUCGAUGAGCCAAUUGGAGCAGCGCUCUCUUAGACGAUCCGAUAUUGUAAAUUCCCCUUACAUUCGCGUCAGUGAAUGAUUUUCUGCACCUUGUUUCGUCGUUAUCGAUAGGAAUUACGGGUUUUUAUCGUUAGAAGUGGGCGACCGUCGGUCGUUGAUCGAAAUAUAGAAGCCACGAAAGAUCGUAACGAAACUUUAAUCAUGAAAGAAUUGUGUUUGGUCACGUGACCGUAGCCGAAAAAUGGCGCAAAGAUCAGAGUACAAACAUGGGUUCCAUUUCAUUGCUACGGUGUCAUUUGUAUUUGUUUACAAGCGCGCGUUUUCACAAACCACGUGUUAAGUAAGUGCCAUUUCGUUGACAGUGCGUGACAGACAAUGACAGGAAGGGUGUCGAAGAGACGGGGCCGACCCCCGAAGUCGGUGGUCCUGGAAAGGCCAAAGAAGUUUCAGUAUCAUCUGAUGAAGAAGCCAAAAUAUUUGCAAAACAAGGGUUCGGAAACGCCAAACUCCCAGCCAAGCACGCCGACACCGUCGAGGCCGUCGUCACCAGUUGAAAGUGAGGAGAGCAGACGAAGCACGAGAACCCGAAAAUCUCGUGGACCCAGGGAGAGACAUUCUCGUAAGGGUGGUCAUUCAAGUUCUGGAGUCUAUCAUCGCCGAGGUUACAAUCCCAACGUCGACUACAAUGACUCAGAAUAUCACUAUGGGUCUGAUUUUGGUGACGAGUCCAGUGAAAAGAGCGAUGGAGAAGAUGACCCCCUGCACAGUGAUGUAGACUCAUCUGAAAGUAUAGAAGAACCGGAUCCCUCCAGUGACAGUGACUUCUCCCUCUCCAGUUAUAGCACUACAAGUGGUACACCCCGCAAGACGUUACUCAGUCAGCAGAGGCCGCCGAGUCCAGAACCGUUAUGGCUUCAAAACAGGGAACUGCCAUCGUUGGUCUUACCUAAAUCUUCCGAUGACCUAUUAGUCCCUAAGGAAUUUGUUAUGCCAUCUUUAUCUAUUUACGAAGUACUCAGACAUUUCCGCACUUUGGUGCGUCUUUCGGCCUUCAGAUUUGAAGAUUUUUGCGCCGCUCUGGUAUGCGAGGAUCAAACCAAUUUAUUGGCCGAGAUACAUAUUAUGCUUAUUAAAGCUCUGCUUAGAGAAGAAGAUUCUCAGCAAACACACUUUGGUCCACUCGAUCAGAAAGACUCUGUGAAUGUUAGUUUAUAUUUUGUGGAUUCUAUGUCUUGGCCAGAAGUGCUACGCUCUUAUGUAGAGAGCGACAAGUGCUUUGAUGAAAAUAUUUUACACAUUUUAACGUCCUGUGAAUACCCUUUUACAUCUAUCGAAGAUAGAAUCAAGGUGUUGCAAUUUUUAACGGAUCAAUUUCUUAUCACAAAUCCAGUAAGGGAAGACCUGCUGCAUGAAGGAAAUAUGCAUUACGACGACCACUGCAGAGUUUGCCACCGCUUGGGAGAUCUGUUAUGCUGUGAAACUUGUCCAGCUGUAUUUCACUUAGAGUGUGUUGAACCGCCGUUAGUCGAUGUUCCUACCGAAGACUGGCAGUGUAGUACGUGUAAAGCACAUAAAGUUACAGGAGUCGCGGAUUGUAUACCUGAUGUCGAAAAAAAUGGUUCGUUAUGUCGUCAGGAACAUUUAGGAUUCGACAGACACGGUAGAAAAUAUUGGUUUCUUGCGAGAAGAGUUUUUGUUGAAAGUGAAGAUGGAGAAGUUUGGUAUUAUAGCACACCUUUACAGUUAGAAGAAGUAUUGCUUUGCUUUGACCGCAAUGAAAUGGAAGUUGCGCUUUAUAGAGAAUUAUCCGAUUAUAAAGAUGAAAUUGUACGACAAAUGGAGCUUACAGAAUCGAUUACUAAUCAAUACAAGGGUAACAAGAAGUCGUACUUAGAAGUGGAGAACAGUCUAAUACAGAGAUUACAAAAGGAGCGCCAAGAAAAACUAGAGAAGGAGGAGGAGGAGAAAAAGGAGAGGCAAAGACAAGAAGCUGAAGAAAUGGUGCGCAGAAUACACGAGGGUACAGACUCUCUUGAAGAACGAUUAGCAGCUGUUACGGAACAACAAGAAGCGAAACCGCGCGAAGAAUCGAUUACAAGAGAAAAUGUUCCGGAUAUGGUGGCAGAAAAUGUAGAAGUGGAUGGCGUAGACGCUGAUAUGUCCGUAGAUGCGGCAAAUAAAAGUGUUAAAGCUGGUACAUCCACUUCGUCAUCGGAAGAAAUCGACGAAGAAGCGUUAGAAGGGGAAGACGGCAUCUCAAAAAUUGGCAAAGAUGGGAAGAAGCAUACGAUUGUAACAAGGUCGAAGACAGGAUCGUUGCAACCUAGAACAUUCAAUAUGGACGAUUUAAAACGACGAAGUACCGCGCCAUUGUCGAAAGAAGAAUUAGAAAAGUUGGAUAAAAGCUUAAAAGACGAAGGAGACGGUACUAGAUUAACGAGACAGAAAGCCCAUCAAAUAGCUUCUGGUACUCAUCUGUUUAAAUUAGGAAUGGACAACAACUUCAAAUCGUACGUGAAUCAAUACAGCACCAAUCCUAUCGCUCUGAACAAGGCGCAACGAAACGAAGAACGUGACAAAAAGAGACAUUUGUCGCAUAAGUUUUCGCUCACGCAGGCUUCUGAAUUCAAAUGGGUUGGAAGUUUGACGGGAACUCGUGCUCUUCUGGUCAGCACACUUCGUCAGACGAUUCUUCAACUCGAAAGUAAUAUUCAAGCUCCGUUUAUGCAUACGAAUUGGCCUCUGCUGCGUAAACCUUGGACCACAGCGGUAGGUGCUUGCGUUAAUCCCAGAGAUUUUGCGCGUGCUCUUAUCGUAUUGCAAGCGUGCAUUAAAUCGGUAGUAUUUGCCAGUGUAUGGCAUGAUCAACUCGGACAUGUGAAAUUGCAAAGAGUAACGGCACUCGAACGAGAAGAGAAGAAACGUCAAGACAAGAAGGAUAAGAAAGAGAGAGAGGACGAAGAGGAACGCAAUCGUUUAUUUAAUUUUGUUAAAUACACGUUAGGCUUGAAACAUCAAGUCUGGAAACAAAAGGGGGAAGAAUACAGAGUACACGGGCAAGGUGGUUGGCUGUGGGUUUCUGCUAGUCGCCGUUAUAAAUCAUCCGACAUGUCGAAGUUAGGUCUUCGAUCAGGUCCUCAGAAGAUUAUGGUGCAAAUUAAAGAUCAGGAGGGAUUGAAGAUAUUAGCUUUGGAUCCUCCGACCUACGAAUUCUUAAUAAAGGAAUACUGUCCAUCCAAAAGGGAAGAGAAUAAUGUAGACGUGAAAGUGAAACAAGAAAUUAAAGAGGAAGAGUCUUCUAAAGAUGGGAUGGAUACUUCGGUAAAACAAGAAUGUAAGGCAGAGAAUAUAAAAACUGAGCCAGCAGAAGACAAGGCAAACGACGAGUCAUCAAAAACGGAAUCAAUUAAACAAGAAACAAAGAUGAAUUUAUCAUUUUUAGCUGGUAUGAAAAUCGAGAAAGUGUUUCCGCCAAUCACAGAAUUCGAAGAAAUUGAUAUUACUAAGGCACUAACAACCAAUGGGAGACUUCACUAUCCGAAAAUUGCUAAAAAGACUAGAAUCGAUGACUUUCUGGCACGUAGAACACACUUGAAACUUUUAGAAGAAAGAAGAUUAUUGCAGUCUGAGAAAUCAAAAGAGCUACAAAAUCAAUCGACAAAUCAAAAAGGUGACGGAGAUUCUGAAAUUGACAUUGAAAAUAACGAAGAAAGCGAUACGGAUGGCGGAGAUAAUUCCUUGCAGAGUAUCCUUACUGGAAAGCAACCCAAUAAAACUUUAUCGACAUCGGCUAGGGAGAUGUUGGCCGUAAUAGGGAAGCGUAUUCAGCACGUAAAAGCUCAAUAUGCAAAUAUGAGACUGAAUAAAAACGGUAGUUGUUAUUCUCGUUAUUGUAACAUGACGACGCCCCCAGGAAAAGUUGUUACUACGACGCAAAGUUUGACGUCUACGUGUUACUCUCCCAUGUGUCUUCAGAAAGCCAGAUUAAAACGCGAUCUUAUCGCAUUGUUAAGAAAAGCUAAUGCUCUGAAUAACAAUCAAUCGCCGUCGAGUUUAGCAGUGGGCACAUCUGGGGGACAAUUACCGCAGAGUGGACCAAAAGUAGAAGGAAGCGAAGAAGCUAAAGAUGCGAUUAAGAAAGAUUUAGAAUCUGCAGUAGCCUUGGCGACUCACUGCACAGAAGAAACACCAGCCACUAAUGUAGUAAGAGAUGGAGCUGCGCCUCCAGCCAAAAAAAUAAAAAUUGAACCUAAUACGAAUGCUGGUAAUGACGUGAAGUUAGAACCUGUCGAUACAGUGACGACUACGACGAGCAACGUAGUUACUACUACAACAGUAACUACGACACAACAGACAGUAAAAACAGUCGACGGUGUUGUAAAAACUUUGCAAGAAAAUACGACUUCUCAAAAUUCGGUCACAUUUUCAUCCGAGACAAAAACAAGCACUGGGCAAAAGACAACUAUCGUCAAUCGAAGAGGAAGAACCGUGCAAAGGAGCAUGGUGACUAAAGAAUUAAAUGCUGAUGGUUCGGAAAGAGUGUACACUGCAGUUUCAACUGAGGGGAAAGUCUAUCUGAAGAAAGUCGCAAUUUCUUUGGCGGAUCGUAAAAAGAAACGCACCCCUGUCAAAUAUCCUUUGUGUUCUACAUUUAGCACAAAAAAUAAACACCGUAGUAUAUUGUUACUACCGCAGCAUGAAUUACGUAAAUUGUCUAGGGUCGGUGGACGAAUACCAGUUCAAGGUUUCCAUCAUAUGGCUAAGGCGAAUUUGUCGGUAUGGCCAUAUCCAUGCCCUAGACCAUUAUUCAAAACGUGCUGGUUGUAUCGAACUGUUGGGAUUAAAUCAUUAGCUGCAGCUGCUCUUCAAUUACGGAUAUUAUGGGGAUGUCUUCGAUGGGAUGACAUGGCUACAAAGCCGCUAUCCACAGAUGGCAAACAUCAAAUCACAACGGACACAGAGAUUAUGUCACUAGAGAUUCUUAAACAUCGUCACGUUGGUCAAUUCUUAGAUAAAACGCAGUACUUACGCAGAAAAGUCGUUAUUCCUUUGGAGUUACCAAAGCAAGUCAGAGAAGUGACAUCAAUAAGAAGUGGUCUCAGAAAAAGAAAAAGACCAGAAUCACCGCAAAGCACUGAACCUCAAGUUACAGAGGAAUGGGUCGACGAGGAUAAAUUGGAAUUAUGGGAAAUUAAACAAUACGGUGAUAGGAGUCGAUCGGGUCAACCACAAUCCAUAGGUGUUGGUUCUAAUCGAGGUACAGGAUCGAAUUCUGGUAUUAGCGAUCAACUUGUCAGUGGCAAAGCAACACCCGAAGAGAUCAAAGAAAAGAUGGAGCAACAAUUACGCAUGCAAAGAGCCGCUCACCAACAAAAGAGAGCAUUAGAAACCCUCAAAAGUCCAGCUAACUCUGCUUCGCCUACGCAACUUCUUAAAGUUGCUAGCUCCGCUCAUGACGGCACAGUGAAAUUAGUUUCCAAAGUCGCAAUACCAGCGAAUCCGAACAGUGCAACAAAAUCACAAUUAACUUCUCUUUUGACGACGCCUACGCAGAACAAGACUUUCAUUGGUACCAGACGUAUUUAUAUGGCAAAAUCCGCCGAUGGUACAACAAAAGUUGUUUCCGGUCCUACAAGCAUUUUACCGAAAACACAGUUACAAGGAAACCAACAACAGUCCCUAAUUAAAGUUUCUGGCCAAGCAGCCCCCGUACAACAAAUUCAGCAAAAAGUACAGAUUCUAAGAGGACCAGAUGGGAAAUUACAAGUUCGAGGUUUAAUGCCUGGUCAACAAUUAGUCCAAAUGCCUGAUGGAAAACUACACGUAUUAAAUACUGGUCAAACGAUUACUACAAGCCUUGCACAAACUGGAACGAGUUCAACUACACAAGUGAAAACUGCUACUACGGCAACCACAACUAAAGCAGUCACAACCCCUAAUGCCACGCCUAACAAGACCAGUUCGACUAAAGCAGCAACGAAUGCAACACAAGUACAAACAACUCAGCAGGCACAAGCACAGUCUCAAACUGUGCAAACCCCGCAACGUUCGGUGACAGCGACCGUGACUAUUGCACCUACACCUGCUCAAUCAACAAAGAGCGCUAUUGUGGUAGCCAACACCGGACAAAUUGUACAGGGCGCACAAGUCCUAUCAUCUGGCGGUCAAGCUAUCAGCGGAAAUCAGAUAGUAGUCACUAAUGCAAACCUAGCUCAACAACUUGCGACGGGUAAAGCUCAAUUGACGACAAUCGGCGGUCAUCAAGUGGUAAUCCGUAGUACACCGACGGGCAAUCAAAUUGUGCAUUUAAAUUCAGCAAACAGUAGUAUCAUAGUUAAGAAUGCUGUGACACCAACUAAACAACAAGUUCCUGCAUUGCAAGCUACUCAAUCAGCGCCAACAACGGGAGCUCAAUCAACUGAAACGUCAAAUGUCAACGUUAGCAAUGCUUCAACGAAUGUAACAUCGACUACUACAACGCCAACAACUCAGACUUCAACUGCUCCAGCACCUGGAAGCGUAGAAGCAUCUUUGUUAGCUGGUCAACCACCUGGCACCGUUAUUAAAUGCGUCACUGCUCAAGUUAUACAAACCACUCAAGGACCUCGUAUAGUUUUACAAGGUCUGCAAGGUGCGGACUUUACGCCACAGCAGCUUGCAAUGGUGCAACAGCAAGUUAAACAACAAUUGCUUAAAGCCCAAGCUACGACAGGAAAGCAAGGAGUCCUAGGGCCUACUAAGAUAUAUCUAGCCGUUCAACCCGCGCCAAAUAGUCAACAAGCGAUUCAAAGUUCACAGACUUCUACAACAGCGAAUACUCCUGCUACCCCCGCUUCGAAACAGCAAACCGCGCAACAACCAGUUAUAUCGCCUCCAGCAGCGACUGAACCACAAACGGGAACAGAAAGCAUUCCAGAGCUUCCACCUACAACUACGCCAAGUUCUUCUGAGAAACCCAAAGUAGUUGUACAGCAAGUUGGACAACCCGCUGUUCCCUCAGAAGAGGAGUCUCAGAAAACAAACGUGGCUAAUGGUCAGCAACCUUUGCAGUCGUUGAAAGAAGGAAACGACUCUUCAGCUAACAAAUUUAUUUUAACACCUGAUUACAUCCAACAAACCAUUAAAAAUGCGCUGAAACAAGAAAAUCUGAACCCGGAGAUAGAAGAGAAAUUGCUUCAGUUGCAACGAUAUCAAGAGAAGCAGAUGAAAGGCAGCGUUGAGAAUUCGAUAUCCACUAACCAAACUCACGCUACACCCACGAUCACGACACCGCGUGUCCCAUCUCGUAAAAGACCAGCUCCUUCCAACAUUCCAACAACAACUACGCCUACAAGUGCGCAAUCGACAACACACGACCAAGAUACAGAGUGGGCGGAAACGCCCAGGAAGAAACCCGCGCCAAAGCAAGAAAAUCGUGAAACUCCAAAAGUACAAAAGGUUGCUGAGCAGGCGGAUAAUGAAUCGACACCAAAAAAUCGAGCAGCAAAGCUGAAAGACAGCCAAGAAUUACGGAGAAAACAACAAGUGCAUUCGCGAAUGCAAGUGUUAUUAUUCAGACAUAAAGAACUACUUAAGAAAGAUAUUCUUAAAAAGAGAGCAUUGCUUGAGAAAGAAUUACAGAUAGAUAUUCAGAAGGAUUUAUCGGCGGAGCUAGCCUCGAGAACGAAGGCAGAAAGGCAUAAACAAGAUGAAGUCAAGGUGGGAAGCGCGAAGCGUAAAGCAAACGCUCAAGUAGCUCAACAAGUUAGUCCUCCUAACAGAGGUGGAAGGCCAAAGAAAUAUAAGGCACAAGGAAACAGCACCACGCCACCAGGUGCUUCAACUGCAGCUACUCCAAAUAGAAUUAAGAAGGAGAAGUUGUAUUGCCUGUGUAGAACACCUUACGAUGAAACAAAGUUUUACGUAGGAUGCGAUCUCUGUAACAAUUGGUUUCACGGAGAUUGCGUGGGUAUUACGGAAGAAAUGUGUAAAACGCUUUCGGAGUUUGUUUGUACGGAAUGCAGACACGCGAGAGAUACGCAAGAAUUGUAUUGUCUAUGUAAACAGCCUUACGACGAAUCUCAAUUUUAUAUAUGCUGUGACAAAUGCCAAGAUUGGUUCCAUGGUCGCUGUGUGGGUAUUCUUCAGUCGGAAGCAGACAAUAUCGAUGAAUAUGUUUGUCCGAAUUGUCAACGAAACUCUUCUGUUAAUUUCGCUAAUAUGAAAAAUCUUAACGCGAAAGACCUUGAUCUCUUAAAGAAAUUAAUUAAACAGAUACAGGCUCAUAAGAGUGCUUGGCCGUUUAUGGAGCCAGUGGAUCCAAACGAAGCGCCAGACUAUUAUAAAGUUAUAAAGGAACCAAUGGAUUUACAAACGAUAGAGUUGAGGAUAAAUGAUAGGUCUUACAAGAAGUUAAGUGAAUUCAUCGGAGAUAUGACAAAGAUAUUUGACAACUGUCGUUAUUACAAUCCGAAAGAGUCACCCUUCUUUAAAUGUGCAGAAUCCUUAGAAACUUAUUUUGUUCACAAAAUUAAGAGCUUGAGAGAAAAGUUUUCUGAAGGAAAGUAAGCAAUUAAAAAAAAGUAAUACAAAAAAAAUAAAGAAGAAAACUGUAACUAUAAAUAGUGGAAGUGCGAAGCAUCAGCAAUUUACUUUUGUGCAGUGAAAAAGGAUCGAUCUGUGCCAGUAGAAAAGAGACAUUCAAAAUAGCCAUAAGUACGUAAGAGUAGGACAUGUAUGUCCACUAUUUAUUAGAGUUGUGUGAACAGUUUCAUUUGCCUUCGUGAAAGCGAACUUUCUUUAAAUUGUGCUCAACAAUGGAUUUUGAACCGGAACUUAUAAAAUUUAAUUAUAUCACUGCAUGAAUGAAUUAAAUCAACUAUUCAUAGGAUUCUAGUUUUGUAUUUCAAUUUGAGAUAGUAACGAUACCAUGCGUUUUAUCUCAGUAACAACUUUCAUUGUUUAUGUGUACAUGAAAAUAAAAUAUUUGUCAGUAUACUAAUCCUUUUUCUUAUCGAGCGAGUAAAAGUAAAUACAAGAUUACUUCUUACCUUAUAUCUGCGUUAUCGAGAAAAACAUUUCUUUCGUUUCUCUUUUUAGAACAAACGAUAAGUUGUGGUUCAGAAUUCCUACAUGAGCUUUACUAUUUAUGUACAUUGAUGAACUACGUGUAAUUAUGCAUGUUAUGAGAAUAAUUAACAAAUAUAUCAAAUCAGUGCCACUGAGCGUCUAGAACGAUGAGUUUUUAGUAACCCAAUGCGAAUCCGUGGAAAAUGAAAACAAGUACGUUGGAGAACCAUUCGAACGUUACUCAUACCUAUGCAGUAAAGGAAAGAAAAAUGGUCCAAUCGCUACACGUCAUUAUAUUUCAUCUAAUAGAAGAAAAAAAAAAUUUUCUCUCACGUAGACGUAAGAACUAUUUAGCAAGCGCAUAAUAAAUUGUACAAAUUUGUUUAUUGUGGUCACAAGUAACUAUUAUUAUGUUGUUUUAUCACAUAAAUUUUCUAUAAAAUUGUUUAUAAGUAACACGUACGAUCUUAGCUUGUAAGAACUACAGCAGGAACAUCUGCUUUGUAUAUAUCCAAGUAGGAAAGUCUAUGAGUGAAUAGAAUAUAGAGUUUUGGUUCUGAUACGACGCGGAUUUUUCGGAGAAAAGUCAGUUAAACGCUGGAAACUGAUUUGUAUGAAAAUAUUGUUUAUAUUUUAGCUAUUAAACUACCAUUUGUGGAAAUUACUAGACUGUGCUGCAUUGUACAUGUACGAGUAUGUUCGGUAUCUAUAAUCAUAAAGGAUAUAAAAAGGGCAAUAUUAUUUCGUGGAUAUUUAUCAACAAAUACACAGAAACACACCCGUAUAUACAUACUCAUAAAGAAGCAAUACAAUUAAAAAAUGCUUCUGAAGUUUCACUAGUAAAAUGCGAGAGUGAAAGUAAAUAGUAAAUAUUUGCGUCAGUCAACGGAAAACUAGAAUUUUUUUGAACAAAAACUACACGUAGGUUUAUUCUAUGAGGGUCUAAUGUAUUUCCCGUAAGGAAAACAACUAACUUGUUCUCUGACAUUGAGAAUUGAGAGUCGUGGCUUCGGGUAUGUACAAUAACUGUAUGUUUCACGAGUUUGAGACGUGUCUUGUCGAUCGUCUAUGAUUUGUUUAAGUGAAAGAAAGCAGAUCGCUCAAAGCAGGUUGUACAUUUUCGCCAGGAUAAUGCUUGUACAGUAUUUUUAAUUCAAAGUUCAUAAAACCCUGGCACUGAUCUGUUUUUUACCUUCGACUUUCAAUUAUAGUUACAGGAUACAUAGUUCGUUACUUUGCCCAGGUUUAUACACCACGUUAGCUUUAUUGUAAGCUCGCUCCGAGUGGUCAUACAUCGUUAUGCGUCUCGUUAAACUAAUCGGGGCAUUAUUUUAUUUGUGUGUAAUGUACUUUAAAAAUUUUCAAAAUGCGUCGAUCUGUAUUAUUAAAACGUUAUGAAUUCAUUUUUUAUUUCUGCUUGCUUAAUUCUUUGCUGCGAUCGCUUCUUAAAUUCCUAGCAGUUCUGGAUAUAUUCUGUAUUUACGAUGAAUGUAUCUACAUUUAAAGUUCGUUCAAUCGAUAGAUAGCAAAGAGUUAAGCGAACAUUUUAAACAGAAUUUUAUUUUAGGGUGAAGAUGCUCCGACGGAUUUACUCUUUGUGAUCGCAUGUAUGUUUUGAAUUCUUUUGCAUUGCCUCGGAAAGUUUACUGAUUCGUAUAGAUUUUGAACGAAUAUUAGUAACUAUUUGCGUUAAGAUACUUCUACGAGCGAAUUAAACAUGCCAAUUUAAAUGUAAUGCAACGUACUAACUUUAUGUAUCGUCCGAGACAAAGGGAAGAAACGAACUAUCCCAAAGAGUUAAUCCCUCUCACGAGACGCAUGUAAACAAAUAAAAUCAAUAAAUACUCUUGAAAUCGUGAAUGCGUUUAAGAUAAUCUUAGCCGUACUACGAUCAUUCUGUCGAAUUUUCCUUUCUUACGUAGGAGCGAUAUUUGACAAUGUAUUGAAGUAAAGUUUCUUCUGUAAAAAAAAAAAAGAAUUGUAGAAACACUUUGAAACGUGUAAUAGAUAUUUAGCCGUGUAAGUUUUUGGCAUGCUACUGAAGUGUAAAAACUGGGUGAAGAAAUUGCAGCCGUGUAAAUUUUACGCUGCUCCAUUUCACUCCCCGCUUAUUAAUCAUGUAACAAGGUGUUUAUUUCUAUUAAGGAAAAAGCAACAAAGUGUGAUUACAUAACUAUAUUCGUCUAAAUCUAAUAUUACUAGUUUAUAAUAAAUAUAUUUGUACUAAUUUUAAUCAUAAACUUUGUUGUUUUUAUUGCACUAUAAAUAUAAGUUAGAAGAGAGCAUAGUAUGUUAAUUUACCUUUUUUAAUUUGUAAUUGCUUAAAAAACAAUAAACUGCUGUAUGACAGUGGCUUCAUGAAA